UAUAACCAAUCAUAAAACUUGAAUUAUACUGAAUAACAGUUGGCUUGUGUGAGAAGACGUGUCAUUUGCACUCACAGAGCUGAUGGUCAACAGGUCUGAGAGAGUCUGAGGAUCUAGAAAAGACCUCCAGACCAGCAGUACGACACUGUGAAGUGAUCCUUUUGACUUAAGGAAUAAAUAAUAAUAUAUUUUUCCCUAAGAAGCGAAACAAGUUGAAUUGUCCUGGCAGCGAUGCGUCUCCACAUGAAUAUAAGCGUAAGACUGUGGCUGGAUUAUGGUGUUUAACCCAGUAUGAACUCCACUCGUUCCUUCACAGGGAUGGAAGAAUAAAAGAUGUGGUUUCUUCAACAUGUCAGGACGUCUUGUGUUCACACUGGAUGAAGCCACAUGACAGCAGAGUCUGGAUCUGAAGUUAGAUUAUUUAUUUAAAUCAAGUGUCAGAUUAUUCAAAAAUGUGGAGACAUGACGCAGUUUGAUCCUGAAAACUGAAACUGUAGAAACUGUUCUCAAGGUAUCGAUCUGUUUCCUGUCAGAUCCAUUAUGACCAAACAUGGCUUUGACUCAGUCCAGUUCUUCGUUUGUUGAGGUGUCUACAGCCUCCACAUGAACAGAACUUCAGAGAAGGUACAAGAACCACGUCAGCAUCCGGUCCAGACCUGCUGGAGCCUGGACGGUCCAGAAGUUAUUUCCUCUCACUUUAACAGACCGUCGUUCAGAACAAGUUAAACCUCCGAGCCAGAAACGCGUCCUGUAACCGCUUUGAGCCUCCCCGGACACCGUAGCUCAACAGGAAGUGCUGUUUGAAGGCUUUCUGCGGGAGCGAGUCGCGCUCAGCUUUAACGUUUCGUCCGCGAUAAGACGUGCAGUCGGAUGUCGUGUUUACCGGACGGCGGACAUGGACUCCCUGCAGCAGUUCCUGGACCAGUUCCGAGCCGCCGGGGAAGCCGAGUCCGUGUGGUUAAAGGAGAUCCACAGCUUCAUCACUGAGCACAUCGAGCCUCUGUUCUCCGACUCCACCUCUCCUCCACCUCCUGACGACGUACUGACAGGACGAGGUGUGUGUUCUGAUCAGCUGAGUGUGUGUGUGGUGAAGACGAUACAGGAAAACCUGUCUGUCACACACACCUUACCUGUCAGCUACAGGCUUGUGUCUGUCUCAGAGCUGCUCUCCCGGCAGCACCUGGCCUGUGUCAGUAACCUGUCCUGGAGCACCAAUCAGCAGAGAAUAUGGGCAAAGGAGGCGGAGCUUUCUCUGCCGGGUCACCAGGCUCUGCCCCGGGUCAACCUGCUGCUGAUUGGCUGCCUGAGAGAGGGGCGGGGAGGAGAGUGGAGGCUGACGGAUGCCAGUGGCAGCAUCAGGUGUGAGUGCCUGUCUCCUUCUCCUCAGUGGCUGAAUCAGCCUGUCUUCCUCCCUCACUGGAACUACAUCCCCCACAGUCCACCUGGGCAGGACCAGCAUGAGACCAGAGGCCACGUUGAGCUGAUUGGUUCUCCUGUUCUGCUCUGUCCUGCUUCUGAGCAGGGAUUGGCUGCUGGCCCUGGGGAAGGGGCGGGGCUUAGCAGAGCAGUUGGAGUCAGAAAAGCAGCUGGUUUGCUAUGCAGCAGGACUCGUGGGCAGCGUGUCUCUGUCUGUGGUCGUGUGGGUUCAGUCUGCCCUCUGCUGGUUGUGGCAGGGACAACCUUCUUCUGCUUCACUCUGACAGAGGACUCCCACAGUUUACCUGUCCUUGUCAAGGACCCCAGCAGGCUGUGGUGGGCUCAGUGUGUGUGUGUUGGUCAGAGUGUGUGUGUGACGGCGCUGCGUGUGUGUGUCCUACGAGGCUGGAGAGGAAACAACAUCCUGUGUGUGACCGAGCAGUCUGAAAUACAAACCAAUAACACACACACUCCUGCAGACCACACACACGCUGACUCACAGUUGGACACGCCCCUUCCACUGAUGACAUCACAUGUUUAUGAUGAUGACUGUGUGGAGGCGGAGCCUGAGAGAGAAACGGUCCAAUCAGUGAUGAGGAUCAAAAAGUCCAGAGUCAUCAGUUACCAGGGCACAGUGACGGAGGUGGUGAGUGAGGGGGCGGGGCUGUAUGUGAUUGACAGGACGGUGGGUCUGUGCCUGACCUAUCAGCCGACUCUGAGGAGGAAGCUGAGAGCAGGAGACUCUGUGGAGAUUCACCACAUCCACUUCCUGUACCGGCCCUGUCCUGACUUUCCUCCCAGCAUGCUUUGCACCUGCCUGCGCUCCAGCCUCAGGGUCACCGCCUUCAGUAGGGUGAGUGGGUCAUCACCUGACUCCAGCUGCCCCGGUGAUGGCGCGUUACCACGGUUACUGCUGGAGAAAAACAUCGGCGUGUCCGAGUACCUGUGGACCUGCCACCUGAGCUCACAGCUCUCACACAGUCUGGUUCCUGGUGUGUUGAAGCAGCAGUGUGUGUGCGUGUUGUCGUGGAAGCUGAUGGAGUUUGUGUGGAGACAGAGAGGAAGAGGAGGAGGAAGACGGAGGGACAUCUACUCCGAGAUGUUGGACGAACCUCACACCUGUCCUCUGAUGCAGUUCCAGGUGGACCCCUCUGUCCCUCAGUAUGUCAGUGUCUCAGACGUCACUCGGUCCCUGCAGUCUGACUGCUGGUCUUCAGUCUCUCUGAGGUCUCUGCUGCCUCCUGGUGGAUCCAGUCUCACAAGAUCUCAGAUGAACACAGCUUUGUCCUGGUCCUGCAGGACCCUGAUGUCUGACCCUGACAGCAGCAGCCAGCCUCGAGACAGACUCAGGCGGCGCCCCCUGCUGGUCGGCCUGUUGGAGCUUCCAUCACACGCAUCUGAACACACACUGCAGCUGAGGGACGAGACGGGAGCUGUGGCCUGCGUCGUCACGGAGACCAGUGAGGAGGAGGGGGGAGGCCAGAGGGCGGUCUUCAACAGCGCCUGGAUCGGUUGUCUGGUGUGCGUCCAGCAGUUCUCCAUGGUAACAGAGAGAUUCAUCCAUUCAGAUUUUCCCUCUUACCAACACCUGGACGAGGACAAGUACAUCACACAUAAACACUGCAGAGUCUACCUGCAGUUUUCUCUGGACCACCUCCAUGUACUGAGUCCGUCCGUUGCCAUGGUUACACACCUGCGACAGAGGGAGUCAGGUGAAGAUGUCACAGCAGGUCGUCAGACUGGGAGGAAGAGGAGACAUGAGGAAGAUGACUCCUCCCACUCUGAAUCCUCCUCCUCCUCUGUUACCAUGACGACUGGUCCUGUGGCUGGCCCUUCCUGUGUAUCCAUGGUGAUAAGGGUGGAGCAUAAGGAGGGUGUGGCUUGGAGGAAUGUGAGGGCGGAGUCAAAGGAGGCGGAGGCAGGGCUGACACUGUGCUUCUCUGUCAGAGCUGCUGUGAUUGGCCCAGUGGUCAGCUGGGGGCGGAACCCAAGGAACAAACCAAUGACAGACAGAGAGACAGAGACAGAACAGGAGGACAAGGUGGUCCUGCUCAUCUCAGGUGUGUCAGCUCGCUGGUUUCCUGUCCUGCAGCCCGGAUCUUUCUACAGACUCAUUGCUGCUAACACACAGGAUCCCAGGGUUUUGAUUGGCUGUGGUGUUUCUGGGCGGAGUGAGGUGGAGCUCCACACUGACUCCACCCUUCAGGUCCAACCUGAUUGGAGGUUCCACACUCUGACACGCCCACUGCUGCUGCAUACCUACAGACAGGCUCUCUCGCCCACAGUCCUGUCUGUCUCGGAGGUCUUGGACUGCAGGUCUGACUUGGUGUGUUUUCAGGCUCUGGUGUCUGACAGGAUCAAUCUGAACGACAGGACGAGUGGAUCUGGAGACACACUCACAGGUCUCAGGAGUCUGUCAGGUGUGCGUCUCACGGUGUGUGACCAAAGUGGGAGGAGUCUCCAGGUGUACCUGGACCUAAGCCACACCCCCUACCCGCCUGGCCUGUUGCCUGGCAAUACACUGCUGCUGUCUGCUUUUCAGAGGAGGCUGUCCAGGACAGGAAGUGUGUACUGCAGCAGUUUACCUGUCAGCUCAGUUGCUGUCGUCUCUCUGGGAGCUUUGAGCUUGGCUCCGCCCCCUCCUGCACCCAUGAUGUACCUGGGUGCGUGGGCCAGCAACACACAGCAGAGGUGCAUUGUGGGUCGUGUCAAAGGUCACGUGGUCUGUUUCCUGUUCCUGCAGCUGCAGUGGAGCUGCUCGCUGUGUGGGAGCGUUUACACACAGUCUUGUUCCAGUUCUCGUUGUGGUUCCACCUCGUCAGUCUUCCAGUCCAAAGCAAAACUGGUGAUUGACGACGGGACAGGUGAGGCUCACGUCUGGUUCUCAGGUGAUCUGGUUCGUCCUAUGUUGGGAUUGGCUGAUUCUCAAUGGGCGGGGCUUCAGGGAGCCCUCAGGGUCAGAGGUCACCUCAGUGUCUGUCCCCGGGGACGAAGCCUGGUGUGUGACUCUGACGACUCUCUCCUCCACUUUCUGCUGUGUGUGUGCAGCAGUGAUGCUGUGUGUCGUCAACUCUCCCUCACCUGCAGGAAACACAACAACCAGAGAUCAGAAGAGCUGAAGCGGUUCAGUCGAGGAGACCGAGACUUCGUGACCAGGAUGACUCGUCCUCUGCAUCUCACCUGUCUGCUCAACAGCACUGACUGACCUCACCUGCACAGACAGGAAGUCAGCAACAGGAAGAGGCGGAGCAAAACAGUUAAUUUUAAGUUAGUUUUGUUGAAUUUAAUGUUGAUGUUAUUAAAUGUUAUAUUGAAUAAACAUUAUUUUUCCUG